AGAAGGUAUGUAAAAAAAAGAACGAGUUAAGGUCAUGUGACUGUCAGCUGACCAUGCGGAAGUAGGCUACAGAAAAUGAGACGAAAUGUCUACGCUACAGUUACUGAAUAAAAUACCAGCUGCUGAAUGUCUAAAAUUUUUGCAUCGAGUGGUGGAUGGCCUGUGUGGAAGGGGCUAUCCGAAGAGAUCGGACUAUGGUGACCAGUGGACUCUGACGGAAUGGUCUGAGCUACUGGAGGCCCUCUCCUCCGUCUUCAGGGUGAUCGUGGGGAAGAAGUGUUCAGACACGGAACUGCUCUCGGUGUUGGAGGCGUCCCACGCAGAGUGCAUCUCGCAGUGUGUGAAGAGCAGGCAGGAGGAGAUCCAGCAGGCUCUUGUGGAAAGAACCAAUGCCAUCUCCAGCACCCAACUCCAGGACUUUGACUGGCAAAUGAAACUGGCCUUAUCAAGUGAUAAGUUGUCAUUUCUGCACACACCUCUCCUCAACCUCACACUGGACAUGAAGGAGAAUGGAAAACCACGGCCUAUAACCAUAGAGAUGAACCGAGAGGAGUUACAGACUCUCAUUAGUGCCAUGGAGGCCGCUAACAAGGUGGUACUGCAGCUGAAGUGAGCUCUUGCAGUGAGUCACCAUGACAAUUGAGGCAUCUCCCCACUGGUGGCCGGAGGGAUGACAUCAUCAUCGUGGGACGGCAGCCAGCGGAGAGCAGUGGAGAGCUUCAGCACUGUAACACAGGCCUCCAGUCCUGCAGCCAGUAGCUUUCCCUGGCUCUCACUCGAACACACAGACAGACAGAUCUCAACAGCCUCAUGACCUAAUUAGUUUUAACAGAACAUUGUAGAAAGUGUGUGUGUGGUGUGUGCGCGUGUGCGCGCACAAAGUUUGUUAAACAUACAGAGGGUUUGAAAGAUGUCUGUGCCGAGAACGUGUACAAAAUUGUAAGUGUUCAAGUGUUUUUUCCCUGUUCAAUGUUUUUGUAAUUGCUAAAAAUGUUUUUUUUUUUUUGUGAAGCAUAUAAUAAAUGAAAUGUCCCUCAUCA